ACUUGGGAGGCAGGGUAUUAUUAUCCAUAAUCUCGUCAUCACCACUCAGCAAUAUCGUUAAUAUGAUUACGCUGAGAACAGAAAAAGUUAGGAAUUAACGUUGGGCACAAUUGGCGGGAGAGAGGAAGCAGCGCAUUUGGCGUUGCGAAAACGCGUUCUCGUUUGUUUGUUUGCAGAAACACACGAAACACACAAACAAACCAGAACAAGAACAAGAACAAGAACGUUGUUUGUUCAAUUCAAUUCAAUUAAUUGAAGAAAGAUCGAUCUCAAAUCUUAAUUAAUUAAAUUAAUUAAUCAAAUUGUCUCUGUCUGCAGAUCGAUUUCAACAAUGGCCGCCGGUGUGCUCUUCCACACACAAUGACGCCAUGCGCUGGUUGUCCACCUUCGCUUCCUCCUCCUCCACCGCCACUUCUUCAUCAUCUUCUUCCUCUUCCUCUUCUCCGACGACUCUAAAAUCCUCCCCUUCCACCUCCGUCUCCAAGAACACCCGCGGCACCUGGCUUUUCGGGAGUGGCAAAAAGUCCACACGCGCCAGGAAGCUCCGCCACGUCGUUACAGAAGAUGAUACCUCCGUCUACGAGGCCGUCGCUGUGGCGCCUUUCUCUCGUUCUCCCAGCGCCCGUAGCUACCUUCGCUCCAACACCAGCUCCUCCGUCGCGCCUCAGCCAUUGCCCUUGCCGGAGCUUCCAUCUCCCUCCCAGCUUCGUCAGAAAGACGCUUCCGACUGCCGGUUGCCCUCUCCCAGAGACACCACCUCCGCCCCCUCCUGCAGAAGCCAAGAACAUGAAGCCCCUAUCGAGCCAGUCAGCAUUGUCACCACUGGCUUUCGGAUGCGCAGUGUUUUUGCAAGCCAAGAGACAAGAAAGAAUUCGGAGCACAUGGAGAUGAGGUCCCCCGGGACUGGUGGUUGUGCUUCUACAACUGCAAGCACUCGAGGAAAUAACAACUUCUCCAUUAGUGUCCCCUCGAGGAGUGCUCAUAGCAGUCCCUUUGCUAGCCCCACAAUCAGCCCAAAGAAUACCAGCCAUGAUGAUUUUAUACCAUAUUAUUAUGUAUCACCCAAAGGAAGUCAGUUCUGGUCUGCACCAGAGAUGCCCACAUCUGAAGCUCACCCACCUCCAGCUUUCUUUGAUUUAUCAGCACUAGGUACUGAUAAUAAUGCUACUUCUCCCCAUCAAAGAAGUCCCCGGCAACAACACAUCACUUCGCCGCUACCCAGGUUAUCCCAUGACACCGCAACAGCACGCCGUGAAAGUAUUGCUCCCCUCACUGUUCACCCUUUACCCUUGCCUCCUUGGGCUGGGACAUCCUUGCCUUCACCCUCUGCAACCUUUUCACAACCUGUGGCCAUGGCCAGGACAGAAUCCUUGUCUAUGACAAGCCAAUGGCAAAAGGGGAAACUUAUUGGGAGAGGUACCUUUGGAAGUGUUUAUGUUGCCACCAAUAGAGAAACUGGAGCAUUGUGUGCAAUGAAAGAGGCAGAAAUAUUUUCUGAUGAUCCAAAAUCUGCCGAGUGUAUAAAGCAGUUAGAGCAGGAAAUUAACGUUCUUAGCCAUCUGAAACAUCCGAACAUUGUGCAGUAUUUUGGUAGUGAAAUAGUAGAAGACAAGUUUUAUAUUUAUUUGGAAUAUGUCCAUCCCGGUUCAAUAAAUAAAUACGUUCGCGAACAUUGUGGUGCGAUAACAGAAUCUGUUGUUCGGAAUUUCACGCGCCAUAUUCUUUCAGGAUUGGCUUACUUGCAUAGUAAAAAAACAAUUCACAGGGACAUCAAAGGGGCUAACUUGCUUGUUGAUUCUGCUGGUGUUGUUAAGCUUGCUGACUUUGGGAUGGCCAAGCAUCUAACUGGACAUUCUGCUGAUCUUUCUUUGAAGGGAAGUCCAUACUGGAUGGCCCCAGAGCUUAUGCAAGUAGUUAUGCAAAAAGAUAACAGCUCUGAACUAGCUUUUGCUAUUGAUAUUUGGAGUUUGGGUUGUACAAUUAUUGAAAUGUUCACGGGGAAGCCUCCUUGGAGUGAGUACGAAGGAGCCGCAGCUAUGUUUAAGGUUAUGAAGGAUACCCCUCACAUACCUGAAACAUUAUCACCUGAGGGUAAAGAUUUCCUGAGGCUCUGCUUCAAAAGAAAUCCAGCAGAGAGACCAACUGCUUCCAUGUUGCUAGAGCAUAGAUUUCUGAGAAACUUACAACAGCCAGAUAUUUCAUCUUCCUCCCAGCUGCAUAACGGAAUAUCCUCAAUGGAUUCCCACAGCCCCAGAGGGUUAUCAGAAAAUCCCAACACACAGAUUGGGAAAGGGAAAUCAACCGCUGAGAGCAUCGCAGUUCCCUAUUCUCUCUACUCUUCCCAGCUCUUGUAGCUGAGUCAAACGGGGCAGGAUAAAAAAAGAUGUUUUCAAACGACUGCGCAGGGAAGUUCUCAAUCAUCAUGCUAAUUGACUAAAGUUCAAAUGGACUUUGUUGUAGGUUCUUCCCAACAUCAUUACCGAAUCAUUGAUGAUGUCUCUGAAAGUAAUGAGCAUGUUCAAUAUGGAGUUUACUGCAUGUGAAUCUAGAUGCAGAUUUUGUAUAAUACUACUAGUAGAGUGUUCCAGCAGUGACACAAGUUCUGUAAAAAGAUUAACAAAAAUAACAACAAAAGAUUUUUUGUUCAUAGAUAGGAUCAUUACACCUAUCAACUGACACACUUUUAUUUUGUA